UUCGCCAGUCGUGCACUGAUCCUUUUGGUAUACAACUGUAUCUUCCUCAUAAAUCUCUCAAUCUAGUAUCUGUGUGUGAGAUCCGUGAGAUAGUGGCAUCGGUGUGUGUUUGGAUACGAUGAUAAAGUCCGUUCUGCUCCGUUCUUGCUCUUCUCCUCUGCUUCUCGAAGCCAAUGAUCUUCAUCGCACACGACGAUCAUCCUCGUCAAGAUUUGCUUCCACCAUAACUUGCUCUUCGAGAGACCACGCUUAUAUUCCGAAACUCGAGCCCUUUAGCCGAUCCAAGUCCGAACGGUUCGUCAAAGAGCCCCCGUUUAUCGAAAAGUUCGAGAAUGAGCUCUCAGAUUAUUGUUCAACGAUGGAAGGAGAUGAAUCAUAUAGCUGUUGGAGAGCGUAUUUUGAACUCAAAGAUCUUGAAAGGGUGUCACCGAAAGAAGACGUGGAGAAGCUGAUUCGUCAAGCAGGGGGCGUAAAAUCUUCAAUCGGAUGGUUACACGGCAUUGCAGCGAUACACAAAGACAAGAACAAUGGUGGGUUCAAUUCAGCCAAGCCGUUAAAUGUGGAGAAAGAAGGCAAGAGACCCUGUCCAGUCCCAGAUGGAUUGCCGAAAUCGCUAGAAGAGCUCGAAGAGGAAGAGCGAGGUAGAAUGCCUGAUUCGCCGUACACCCGUCUGCUUAGAACCAAGGGUAGCUUCCCUGCUUGGUAUUCCCCCACCCCUGACCAUGAAACUGACUGAUUAAUUUGUGUUGUUGGGGACUGAGCAAGUUUGUGUCCACUGUCUGUAGAUAUAGUGAUUGUAGAUAUUAUGGGAUUUACAAGUGGGUUGUUGUGAGGCUUUUAGAUUUGUGACCAUGGGAGUUUCUUGUAAAAUUGUUGUAAGAAGUGUCAAUCUGGUUUUUCCUUUGCCAUGAUUUACCGCUUAAUCGCGUGUGAACCUUUUUUCAUAGUAAUCUGUAUGAUAUGGGUUUGGAUUGGCUAA